AUGUGGACACCAAAAGUUUUUAUUUCUGAAGUACAAAAUAAACCAUUAGAAGAUGGAAAUUGCUAUUGGUUUCAAGGUUAUAUUACAGAGGAAAAUCUUGAAUUAAAAAAUUAUGCUGUAAUUGAUGAUAGUACAGGUAGCAUUCCAAUUCACAUAUAUAUAGAUAAAGAAUGGAAAACUGACAAAUAUAUGGAAAAUAUAUCUAAAUUUGGUCAUAAAUCUGACACCAGCUACAUGUAUCCAAUCGAUCUUUAUGAUAAAAUGGUUAAACAAUUAUUAUGUAGAGGUAGAUACAUAUCUGUAAUAUGUAAAGUAAUCAAUAGUGAAUUCUAUAUAAUUCAUUUAUCUGAUUGUGUAGCAAAUAAUCCAGAUUCUGAAGCUGAAUGGCUUUGUAAUAUACUAAAAGCAAGGUUUUUUAAUCAGCUGUUAGAAUAA